AGCGCAGCUGUUACCCAGAGCAGGAAAGCUGUGGGUGGGCGGGGUCUAAAGAGCGGGUGGGCGGGGGCAGGAUCUAAAAGGAGGGGCGGACUGGGCUGGGGUCUGCUAGGCUUACCCGAGGCCAGAUCCUGUUGGGGCGGGAUCUGCAAGCUGGAAGGAGGCGGUGUUUUUAGGGCAAUGCGGGCGGAGGAAUGGGGGAGGGUCUGGGGGUAAGGAGGCUGGACAGAAGGUUUCGCACGCAGAGAACUCCAGCCCACUCUGGCAGCCAAGGCUCCCGCGGGUGAAGUGAAUACCAUGGGCUCUUGCUCCGGCCGCUGCACUCUUCUUGCGCUCUGCGCUCUGCAGCUGGUCACAGCUCUGGAACGGCAAGUGUUUGACUUCCUGGGUUACCAGUGGGCACCCAUCCUGGCCAACUUCACCCACAUCAUCGUGGUCAUCUUGGGGCUCUUCGGCACCAUUCAAUACCGGCCACGCUACAUUGUGGUGUAUGCUGUAUGGGAAGCUGUUUGGAUUACUUGGAAUGUCUUCAUUAUCUGCUUCUACCUGGAAGUAGGGGGCCUCUCAAAGGACAGUGAACUCUUGACCUUCAACCUCUCUGGGCAUCGUUCCUGGUGGGAAGAGCAUGGGCCAGGCUGUCUUCAUGAGGAGGCAGCCACAGCUGGCCUGGGUGCACUGCAUGGACAGUCCUUGGUGGUGGGUACUGGCUGUGCCAUGGUGCAUAGCUAUGUGGAAGCCCUACACAGUGGCCUGCAGAUCUUGCUAGCGCUCCUGGGUUUCGUCUAUGGUUGCUACGUGGUCAGUGUGCUUACAGAAGAAGAAGACAGCUUUGAUUUCAUUGGUGGAUUUGACCCAUUCCCCCUGUACCAUGUCAAUGAAAAGCCGUCCAGCCUCUUGUCCAAGCAGGCAUAUUUGCCUGCAUAAGUGAGGGAAUGGCUGACCCUGCUCCUACAACCCAGCCUCAGCCAUGGGAACAAUGAGGAGAGUCCAGGCCUGGAGUUGCAGCUCUGCUUCCCUGCCUGCCUAGCAUUUUUCUCAAGUUCACCUUGGAUACCAGUGAGGGGCGGGGGACACUGCAGGCCAGGGUAACUACAACUGUGAAUUUGUAAUUUCUUUUUUUUUUUUCUAAAAAAAAAAAGAAGAAGAAGAAGAAAAGGCACGAGAGACUGUGGAAACAAACAAUUCGCAUCCCUGGUCUCCUUGGACAGCCAGCAGCAAAUCUGGGCAAUUUCCCUAGGAGUCCUCUGGGUGCUCUGUUGUGGGGUUACAAGACCUGCUUCCAGGGGAAGGGCUUGUCAGAGGACAGUAAGAAGGUUCAGCCCCACUAGCAGGUCCCUGUUAUGAGCCACCAAGAUCCAAGAGUGACUAAGGCCUUAAACAAAUACUGCAGUGCCCCAGCUGCAAGGAACCCUACCACUCUCAAGCUAGGAGAGUACCAUGGGUGAAACAUGGAACCUGGGGCUACCACAUAGAUUCCUCUUUGGAGAAAGUAGAUGGCACCACUCAGAAAGAAAGACCCUGGACAAGUGCCCUGAGAACACCUGCCAUGUGAGAAAAUAAACAAGAUUGUCAAAUAAU